AUGAUGAUUCCGUACGCGACAACAGUCUCGAUUUUUCUUUUCAUUUUCUCUUGCUCCUCCUUAGCAUUCCCCGGAUUGAAAGGCCUCCAGCAGCGCGAGAUCUGCUACGAGACAGACACUCUUCUCUCAUUUCAAUUAAAUAUAGCCGAUUCCGUACCGUACUGCAUUUCUCUACUUUCCAUCUCCGACUCUACGACCUUGGAAGGACCUACGAUAUCUCACACUACCACCAUCUCCACUGUUACGACAACUAGUUACGAUACAGUCGUAAAAGUCACCGUCGCCCAAUUUACAGCAUUCACCACCACGACCAUCACGAGCGGCGAUACAUUACAUAAACGCCAAGAUAAUGUGUCUGACGUGCCCUUCGUCGUCGCUCCUGUACCCAUCAUAGCAACUGCGACCGCUGAUGACCCCAUCGUCACCAAAUUUCCGAACAUCGCGCAAAAUGCCUCGAUUGCCGCAGAGGCUUAUAGUGCCUGUUCGUGCCUGUCGAUCACGUCCAGCACGGUCACUGCACAGCCAACUAUACAGUUUACAAGGACGAUCAACGGCUUCGAUUUGGAGGCCCUCGGAACCACCACAAUCACAAGUGGAACGACGACACUGACAGCCACGGUCAUUGUGUUGCCCUUGCCUGUUGCAAGCCACAAUGUCUCUGAUUCAACCGUCUCUACACCAAGUUUGGGCUAUCCACUACCAGGGAGCCUAGUCCCAACAAGCAUUCCAAACUUCCCUUUCUCUGGUCGCCCUUUCCCUACUUUGAACAUUACCACAAUCUCUACCUCAAUCCCUGCUGGCAUCUUUCCAAGUGUCAACAGUACCGCGAACUCUAUCAUCCCUAUCUCUGGUCGCCCAACGCCGACCUUCAACUUUACCGCGAAUCCUACCUUGCCAAGGUCGGGCUUCCUGCCUUCGCCCACCAUGAACAUGACGGUGAACUCAACCCUGCCAAGAUCCGGCCUUUUGCCUAUGCCAACGGCCAAUUCCUCAGCAAACUUGACUCUGCCAAGACCUGGCCUCUUCCCGUUGCCAACCGUGAACUUGACAACCAAUUUUAACGCUUCACUAUCCGGCCGCUUGCCCCCGCGGAUCUUGAACACAACGGGUUCCGGCCGUCUGCCUCUACCUUCCAUGAAUGCAACAGGCAGACCCCUGUCUCCAACUACGGGAUUCCUUUCCUUACCAACAUUCAACGGAACGAACAGGACCCUUUCUUUAUCGGGUAGCGCGCUAAUACCCACAGGAGUAACCUUCCCACUUUCUGAUCGCUUACCGUUUUUGACUUUGAACGCAACAAGACCUUCCGUCCGCGUACCAUUUCCGACUCUGAACUCAACUUUUCUACCUGCCACUCUUCUAACAGGCACUGCCCCGCCACUCUCAGCCUCCGGACAACCUCGCUUACCUCUUAAUGUUUCCUCCAGCUCCGUUCCCGUCAGUAACACCUCAACCAUCACCCCUUUCCAACCAGUCGGCACGCAAAUCUCCCCAGUCGGCUGCCCCACCAUCAACAACGCAACCUUUACCACGUCCUCCGGCGACCAAUAUCAGCUGAGAUGCUCCGUGGAUUACCCAGGACGCUCAUUCGUCGACCUCGACGAGCCGGAUCUGGAAGGUUGUAUUCAGAAAUGCAGCAACAUCAACGCCGCUUUGUCGCAAACACCUUGUCACGGUGUCUCAUUCCUGCAGUACGCUGCUGGCGUUCAUUGCAAAUUGUUGACCCAGGCUGAUUUACUGGAGGGUACGGGCAACGCCUUGGCUGUUAGUGGCGUAUUGUUCAAUGGGGUUGCGCAGCCUGUCGUUGGGGUGAAGUGA